UCGAAGAGGAACACGACUGUGUCAUCAAAGCACGUCCAUAUUAGACAUUCUCUGGUGUCAUUUUGUUAUUUUCUUGAACAUAUUGGUUGGUAAAUUCACAAGAUUGGCGUAUGCGUUUGGAGAGACGCACAAUAGAAACAGACGCUUAACUGAAGGAACAGUAGCUAGUGUUAUCACAUCCCGUCAAAAAUGGUUAACGUCUUAAAAGGAGUUCUCGUUGAAUGUGACCCAGCUAUGAAGCAAUUUCUUCUAUAUCUGGACGAGACGUCAGCGUUGGGGAAGAAAUUCAUCAUCCAGGAUUUGGAUGACACGCAUGUUUUCAUCCUAGCUGAAGUUGUGCAGAUUCUCCAGGAGCGAGUAGGAGAACUGAUGGACCAGAAUUCAUUUCCCAUCACCCAGAAAUAAACGCCUGAAUCUGACAGCAAACCCUACAGUCUGUGAGAGCAGAUGGAUGUGGAGAUUCUUCCUGCACAAUUGCACAAACACAAAUGCAACUGAAAUAUAUAGAGGACUGCCCACCAGAAUGAUGCCUAUUCUCCUUGGUUUAAUUUGACUGUGUGGCAUAAGUUCUUCUUCUAAAGGAGAAUUAUAAUUAUGUGCUUUAAGUUGUCCAUGUUUCAAACACAGUUUCUUAAAUCUUCACUGUAAUGAAUUGUUCGGAGUUGAAAUUUGCAUUGCUGCAGAAAGAAACAACUAAUUGUAUAUCAAUUAUUUUUUCAACAUUUCAAAAUUGUUUAAAAAGUACAUUGUUCUACUGAAAGAUGGUUCUUCAUAAUACUAGCAUCAAUUAAAAAAAGUAAAAACAAUAUAUCAAGUAUGUC